GGUCUUCCAAGAUGGUCGUGCCCGGGAGCUUGCUGGUGUAACAGCAGUAGAUAGCGGUUGGGAAAGCAGCUGUAGGACACAGUUGAGGAGCCGCAGGUCACGGUAAACAUCCGCAUAGAGAGACACGGAGGAGCCGGAGCCUCCUCAGCCCAGCAGACAUGAGCAAGGACCGUUUAAUACUGCCGAAGGACUUUCCUCAGCUCCAGAACGACACAUUCCUACGAGCGGCGCAUGGCGAAGAAACUGAACAUGUCCCAGUCUGGUGUAUGAGACAGGCGGGACGAUAUCUACCGGAGUUCCGUGAGUCCAGAGCAGGAAAAGACUUCUUUGAGACAUGUCGGUCACCGGAGGCCUGCUGCGAGCUCACUCUGCAGCCACUGAGACGUUUUCCCUUUGACGCUGCCAUCAUCUUCUCUGAUAUCCUGGUUGUCCCACAGGCCCUGGGUAUGGAUGUCCAGAUGGUGGCAGGAAAAGGUCCCACAUUCCCGGAGCCUCUGAAGGAGCCAGAGGACCUGCAGAAACUGAGGGUCAAAGUAGACGUGGACAAGGAGCUGGGCUACGUUUUCAAAGCCAUCACACUGACCAGACACAAGAUCGAGGGCAAAGUGCCGCUCAUAGGGUUCACUGGAGCUCCGUGGACGCUGAUGUCCUACAUGAUCGAAGGUGGUGGCUCUAACACUCACUCUAAGGCAAAGCGCUGGUUGUACCAACACCCGGAGUCCAGCCACAUGCUCCUGAAGAUGCUGACCGACGUGAUCGUGGAGUAUCUGCUGGGUCAGGUGGCAGCGGGAGCUCAGGCUCUGCAAGUGUUCGAGUCCCACGCCGGCAUCCUGGGGCCCGUGGAGUUUAAAGAGUUCUCACUGCCUUACCUCCGAGACAUCGCCCGCCGUGUCAAAGACAAACUGAAGGAGGCGGGACAGGACGUCCCCAUGAUUGUGUUUGCAAAGGAUGCUCACUACGCUCUGGAGGAUCUGUCUCAAUCUAAUAUGAAGUGGUUGCUGGACUGGACCGUUGACCCACGAUCUGCCAGGGAGCGCACAGGAGGGAAGGUCAGCCUGCAGGGAAACAUGGACCCGUGUGCUCUCUACGCUCCAAAGGAGCGCAUUUCAGACAUCGUGAAGAAAAUGUUGGAGGGUUUUGGAACGCGAGGCUACAUCGCCAACCUGGGUCAUGGCCUUUACCCGGACAUGGACCCGGAGCACGUGGGCGCCUUUGUCGAAGCCGUUCACCAACACUCGAAACAGAUCAAGCAAGAGUGAAGACAAGACAAGACAAGAGUUAGUGUGUUCACAAAAACAAACAAAAAGCUUUACUGAUGAUCAAGGCAGGAAA